CAAUGUAAAAGUGCCAACGUUCUAUUUGCUCAACAAAUAAAAGAGGAAGUGGAAGAGGCUCGUGGUAUCAUAUCCGUCAUCCAUAUUUUUCGUUUGACAUUUAUUUAUUAAUAAUAAUAAUUGAUACCAUUGAUACGUAAAUAUUCUGGAAAAUACUUAAUCGUGUUGUUUGUUUUCUUUGAAGUAAAUUGUGUGUGUAAUAUUUUUGCCAAAUAAAAAUGACUUUCCAAUCGCCAAUGCCAAGCCGAGAAUUUCUGUGGGAUAUUUUUAGAAGGGUAGACAAAGACAGAAGUGGCUAUAUAUCUGCUGAUGAGUUACAACAAGCCUUAUCAAAUGGGACUUGGAAUCCUUUUAAUCCAGAAACGGUCCGACUCAUGAUAGGUAUGUUUGAUAAACAAAACCGAGGAGUCAUAUCGUUCGAAGAUUUCGGUGCUCUUUGGAAAUAUGUGAGUGAUUGGCAAAACUGCUUCCGAUCUUUCGACCGUGACAACUCUGGAAACAUUGACAGACAAGAAUUAAAGAAUGCUUUGACUGCAUUCGGUUAUAGACUGUCCGACGAACUUGUCAAUAUAAUGGUUCAGAAGUUUGAUCGUUUCGGACGUGGAACAAUACUUUUUGAUGAUUUCAUACAAUGCUGUAUAACUUUAUAUACCCUUACUUCAGCUUUCCGACAGUUUGAUACAGAUCAAGAUGGUGUGAUUACUAUACACUAUGAGCAGUUCCUCAAAAUGGUGUUCGGAUUAAAGGUUACUAAAAUUUAAACUGCUAGUUUUGUUACUGUUAAAUUUACACAAAAAUAAUGAGUCAUAUUCUUGACUUAAAAUUUUAACAGUAACAUGACUCAAUCUACACUUUGAUAUCUUUGUACUGACAAAAUUAUGUAUAUGUAAUGGAUGGAACGCAUGUGGUUUAUGUUAUCUGAAAUCUAAAAAAAAAAAAUGCAAAGCAUGUCAAUAAUAUUACAUAUUAAUAAUAUAUAUAUUUUUAUAGCUUUAGGCUACAUGUAAAAUCUGCCAGAAAUGAAUCGACGCCAGACUGGGUGAAUGUGUAUAUGAAUAAAUGAGCGUCGAUGAAUCCCUAGUGCAUCGAUGUCCCGAAAAUAACAUAUAAAUAGUUCCCUUUUCGAGAUAUAGUAAUAAAAGUGGAUGUGUACUCUUUAUUUUUAUAAUAUAUUUGUUAUUUAUUGUUAAUAAGAACGGUCCUUAAUCGACCCGGCGCUGGUGAGGUUUUUAUUCAUAUACAUGGAAGUUAGUUCGGCGCCGGAACGUUUCAGUGCCGUCUACGCGCAAGAUUAAUUAGCUUUAACUGGUAUUGCCAAUGUAGCUUUUUGAUUGUGCUUUUCAAUGAUAUUGUACUAAGAUUCUAUAUUAUGAAACGUUUUUAUAUA